AAGACUAAUAGGACUAACGGAUCUUAGAAUUGUGGUACCCUUAUUUGGAUCUUCAGGAAUGUAGGCUAUAGCAGUUUUGCAGCGCUACCAGCCUUUUGCCUCACACUGGAACUGUUUCUGACAAAGUAGAAUCCUGCUGCUUUGUGGUAGGAAGGAUAGAAAAAGAACAUGGCCUGCAUUUUGAAGAGAAAGUCCAUUAUUGCAAUAAGUUUCAUAGCAGCAUUCCUCUUCGUCAUCGUUCGCCUUACAAAUGAAGUAAACUUCCCUUUGAUUCUAAACUGCUUUGGACAAACUGGUGUAAAGUGGAUGCCAUUUUCCGACAAACAAAGGCGGCCUCUCAGAACUCACUAUGGAUAUAUAAAUGUAAAAACACAAGAGCCUCUCCAGCUAGACUGUGACAUCUGUGCCAUUAUUUCGAACUCGGGUCAGAUGGCUGGUCAGAAAGUGGGAAUUGAAAUUGACCAGUCCUCCUGUAUAUGGAGAAUGAACAAUGCUCCUACCAAGGGUUAUGAGGUGGAUGUUGGGAAGAAGACGACCAUACGAGUGGUCUCACACACCAGUGUUCCCCUAUUGCUCAAGAAUCCCGAUUACUUUUUCAAGGAAACCAAUAGCACGGUAUAUGUCAUCUGGGGGCCUUUUCGAAACAUGAGGAAAGAUGGCAAUGGCAUUGUGUACAACAUGCUGAAGAAAGCUGUUGACAGCUACCCCGAUGCCAAAAUCUAUGUGACAACAGAAAAGCGCAUGAAUUACUGUGAUGGGGUAUUUAAGGAGGAGACCGGAAAAGAUCGAGUCCAGUCAGGUUCAUAUCUCAGCACUGGGUGGUUUACCUUAAUUCUGGCUAUGGAUGCCUGCUAUGGAAUUCAUGUCUAUGGGAUGAUAAAUGACACCUACUGCAAGUCAGAAGCCUUUCGAAAGGUCCCUUACCAUUAUUAUGAACCAGGAAGAGAUGAAUGUGAUGAGUACUUUCUGCAUGAAAAUGCUCCCUAUGGAGGUCAUAGGUUUAUCACAGAAAAGAAAGUAUUUGCUAAAUGGGCCAAGAAGCACACAAUAAUAUUUACACACCCCAACUGGACACUGUCUUGAUGUUGGUUCUUCUUUAGUAGCAUAAUAUUACAAAAAUGCCUCAGUUUACAAUGAUCUUGCUUACAUCUGAUGGACUUUCACACGCUAGAUAAACUAAACUAAAACUCAAUGAUAGAGAAGUUGAUGGAUCAGCUGUUAAGCAAAACUUACCAAUUUGUGGAAGGCAGAUGAGUUGCUUAUUUUAUCACUAAGGGGUAUAAACUACAUAAUGCACUUUACAUUUUGACUGCAUUUUAAUUCAAGACAACAGCCAUUUCCAGAUAGCAGUGAUUUCAUGUUAUAUACAAGCAUGCCCACAGAGUGGUGGCCCUUAGAAACUUUCCAGUUGCCUUAGGUAAUUAAAAUGACUAUUUGCAGUUAGUUAACCUCAAGAUUUGCAGUACUAAAGGUAACUUCCUAUAGGCAAAUAUAAGGGAAGAUAGUAGAUUCUGAGGUAACUGUAUUUAUUUGACUUACAUACAACUGGAUAAAUUUUAAGGACCACCAAUGUGACAGUAUGUAUAUACUUUCACAUGCAUCCACACUCACUGGGUGUGCUAAAGUUAGAGAUGGGAUAAAUAAUGAUUCCUGAACUAUAGAUAACGCCCAUGUGCAAAGAUAUUCAUAGCUCAAAGGCCCAUAGGUAACAAAGAAGCUCUGGUUACCUACUUACACCUCUACCUUGAUAUAACACGACCCAAUAUAAUACGAAUUCGGAUAUAACGCAGUAAAGCAGUGCUCUGGGGGGCGGGGCUGCGCACUCUAGUGGAUCAAAGCAAGUUCAAUAUAAUGCGGUAAGAUUUUUUGGCUCCCAAGGUCAGCGUUAUAUCGAGGUAGAGGUGUACUUCCAUAUUGGUUGGCCUCCAUCAUCUUGAAUGAUGUAAUUCAUCUAGACACCGUCUCAAAUUGUAGUAUUUUUAGAAGAUGACGUUCCAGCAUCCACCAACAUUAGUUCACUUUUUGGGACAUCACCCUAAAUUGUCCCUGGUUUUUGAAACAGUAGCUCUACAAAUGGUGUAAAAACAUGGUGGUGGGUAGGGGACGCCUAGGGAUACCAGGACAGGACUUGGAGUACAAAACUCCUGAGUUCUGAUCCCAGUUUUAACACCGAAUCCCUUGCAGCCUUGGACAAUUUGUUUCCCCUUUCUGCCUCUGUUUUUCCACCUUUAAAAAUGGGGAUAAUACUUCUCUACCUCACAAAGGUCUUGUGAGGAUUAAUUAAUGUCCAUAAAGUGUUUUGAAGGUGAAAAAUGGUAUAUAAGCAUUUAUUAUUAUGGCAACACCAAUGGCACUUGGCAUAGCCAACAUACAAGAAUGUAUUUGAGGAGAGUGGCAGCCGUGUCAGGGUCUGAUCCUGCAAGAUGCUGUGCCUCUCUUUUAUCCUGUGUGUUCUCCCUAAUGCUGAGUUCCCUCCACUUUCAGUUAGAGUUGAGGGUUCUCUGCGCCUCACAGGAUUAUCGCAUCAAUGGGAUAGCUCUUGAGUUUUUAUACUUGCCCAUCUCUAAUUCAAAUACACUGUUCAAAGUGAACCAUCAUUUAUUUCAACUGCAGCAGAACCAUUUUUAAUUUGAAAAUAAUUCAACUAAACAUGUGACCUUUUUUACUGUAUUUAAAUUAAUGUUUAAGUCUCUUUCCAUUUGAAACAUUUCCUAAAAACGUUUUAGCACCUGGAAUGUCAGCUUCAACACUGUAAUAACCAAUACUGUGAAACUUGAAAGAAGUGUGUGUGGUGCACUCACACUAUUAAACAGGAAACUUUGUAUGCUUUUAUAAAUCAUGAAAAGGGGAAAGGAAAAACCUAUUUUUACAUGUUGCAGUGUUGUUAUAGCCGUGCUGAUCCCAGGAUAUGAGAGAGACAAUUACCUCACCUUUCUUGUCUCUCUAUUUUUACAUGUAAGUGUUUGUAUACUGACUGAAUUGCCUAAUGUAUAUUUGUAUAUGUAAAUCUAUAUUUGAUAUGUCCGGAGCAUAUAUAUUCUUCUUCAACAUCAUUAAGUGCCACCCUUCUGUAAUGAAGAGGAAACGCCAUUCCCCUUUGUUGUUGAGAGUGAUGUCCGUGUUUCUUCUUUGUUUCCCUUGGACUAUGCCACUGGCUUUUUCCAUUGCCGCAUCUUCCUGAUGGUUUUUAAAAUACAUGAGCUUUCUCCUCUUAUUACCUAUUGUGUGCCAUAGGUGUGCCUGGUUCGUGGCAGGCACAACCCUGAUGGGCUUUUGGUUAAGGCACUGGACUAAGCCUCGGGUGAUUUAGGUUCAAUGCCUGGCUCUGUCACAGGUCACAUGAUCUCUCUCUGCCUCAGGUCCCCAUUGCAGAAUGAGAAUUAUCACAUUUCCUUACCGCAUACUUUGUCUGUCUUUUUCUUUGACUGCAAGCUUGUCAAGCCAGAUAGUGUCAUGCACAAUGUGUCUGUACAGCGCCUUGCACAAUGGGGCCACAAUCUCAAUUGGGGCCUGUAGACACUUACAUAAUAUACAAAUAAUAAAAAUAAUUAUUAAAAUGCCUCCUCUAUUAUAGACCAAUACAGCAAGGGCUGAAAGAAAGAAAGGAUGGGGAAAGGGUAAUGUAAGGAUGAAGGUUGCAGCUGUGAGCCCAUGAACUAGAUUUGCUAUGUGCAUACAUAUCUUGUCAAUUUGAAUGGAUAGAUAGAAAAUUAAUAAAAGGAGCUGCAAUGAGGGAUUUAAAGGAAGAACAAAGGAUACUGGGCACACUGCGCUAUGGGGAAUGUUCUCUGCAUACUGUACAAGGGCAACAUGGGGAAAUGUGUAAAGUCACUCGUAGGGAAAGGAACCCAAAGGGUGAACAUCAGGCGAGACAAGGUGGCAGAAUUAAAAGGGUUAAUGGGGAAGAAGGGGUGACUAGUGAUGAGAUAUGGGCAGAAAUUGUGCAUGUGGGUGAGAGGAGCCUUCAUGUGAGAGAAAAUCUUGCAUGAUAGGUCGUAGAUUCCUCAGAUCAGUAGCCUACAAUUCUUCUACAAUAUACACUUUGGCAAAAUGCCCUCCAUCCUCUCUCUCAAAAAUAUCAUUUUUUUCCCACAAUAAGGACAGAAUAAAGACCUGGGUGAUCCUUUAUCCACAUGUGGAAAGGACAAUAUUUCAAUAUCAUUCCAGCAUAAAGGCAAGAUAGUUUUAAGCUGAUUGGAACUUGUUCAGAUCAACAUAAAUCUGUUGUAAAGUGUGUGAAGCCUUAUUCUUAAAAAUAAACAGGGCCAAUGCAAAUAUUUAAUACAAUUAUACAACAUCCUCCAAGAGUAAUCAGGACAUCCCACUCACCAAUCCACAAAUGGUGUUUUACAUUAAUAUAAAAAACGGGAGACCUAAACUGGUUUAAAAUUUGCAGUGUGUGUUUACAGAUAGCGGUUAACACACAUUCUGCUACAGAAAGCCAAUCUUUGGUAUGUAUUCAGUUCUGACUUUGCAUUCUGUUCAGCAUUUGCAGUAUAUUAUAUGGGAAAAAGGUGCAGCAUGGCUUAGUGGAUAUGGCACUGGAUUGGGACAUAGGAGAGAGAGGGUCUAAUCACUUCUGUGCUAUUGCCUGGAUGUAUGACCUUAGGCUAGUCACCACUCUAUGCCUCAGUUUCCCCAUCUGGAAAAGGAGGGUCAUGAUACUGACCUUUAUACAGCACUUUGAGAUCUACUGAUGACAAGUGCCAUGUAAGAACUAGGAGGUAUUAUUUCUUUACUGACUAUAGAGUUUCUACGGAAAUGCUCACUGACAUUCCUCUAUCCCUGUACGAAUGGGAACUAAGGCAAAGCAUUUCAGUGUGUUCUUAGGUGCAUUGCUGAAGAGAGAUAGAGUUAAAAACAAGCUUAUGUCCCACUGAAGUCAUCCAUGUGCUUUGCUCAUUAGGAAUGAACUGCUAAAUUGGGGCCUAAAUGGGGGAGUUUGGUGAGCCUAAGGCUACCAAUCAGUUUCUCCCUAAAAAUUAAUACUAUUUUCUCUGCUAUCAUUGGAAAAUACACCACAAAUGUUUUUAAUCUGUAUUUAAAAAAAACUUUUCUAAAGAGGAAAUUAUUCUAAAGUUAAUGGAAUCUAUUGUAGCUCUUUAUGGAAUAUUUACAUGCUGUAUGGAAUGGCUCAUCAGACUUUAUCAUGUGCAAUGCCCAGUUAGGUAAAUACAUCUCUAGCAGCAGCUAAAUGGGUAGCAGAAUUACAAAACUCAUUAGACUGCAGUUGUCACAAAGCAAACUUGGAAGUGUUGCUACCUGCUUGUAGUAGGAUCCUUGAAUUUGCAGGUUGAGAAGAACCACAUUGAAACCACAUUAGAAACAUUGCAUCAAGCUUUAUGCACACCAGAGUAAAUGAACAUCACUUCCUUUAUUUAAAUUAGCCUGUCUUUAGCAUAAACUAAAUGCAAUUUUUCAUUAUUUUUAUUAUAUGGAUAAGGAACUGUGACCAUUGUGUUAAAGAUGAUUGUGUUAGAAAUCAGCACUGCAGUGUGGAAAAAAGGCUUUUGUUGUGUGACUGCGUUACGAGACCUUGAUCAUUUACCUUCUGAGAGCAGUUAGGACGGCAGUUCAGAAACAUUUAUUCUUUUAAAUAAGGACUACUACAAAUUACCUGACCUUAAUUAGAUGCUAUUUGCUUACUUUAUUUGAGGACCCCUAUUUUAAUCAACUGCUCAUGUGAGUAAAGAAAGUAAGCAGUUGACCUGUAGAGUUCAAAUAGUUCUCCUAGUUAUAUUUGGUAGAAUGAUAUUCACAAAUAAUUUGUGUGUUUUUGCCAUCUGUCAUCAAAUAAGUGAAACACAAAUAUUUGUAUCUUAAUUCAGUCAGCUGUUAGACAGUUAAAUAUUUGUCAAAUGAAUUAUUUGUGAAUACUUUUUAUUCGUGUCAAAUAAGUAAAUUUGCAUUCAUUGUCUGACCAGCUAUAGGCCUAACUUAGAUAAAAGGUUAAAAUAUAGGACCCAUUUAUUUUGCAUACUUUCUGUGUGGCCUGUAGAGCUGGUUACAGUUUUCAAAAAUGUCUUGGAAAAAAUUGGGGCAAAUAUUUUCACAAAAUGUUUUCCAUUUUUAUCCAUCUCUAGUUGCAUGUUACAUAGCUACAGGUAUGUAACUUCGAUACAUUUAGAUGAUGUUGCAAUUGCAUAUGAUGUGUGUCAAGUUAAAUAAUGUUUUCCAGUCAGUCUCUGGAAAUUGGCCCUGACCUGCUCACUCCUCCCCUCCCACUUGCCAAGGCUCCAACUCUGCCACUUGCAGAGGAGUACGCAAGGUACAGAGGAGAGAGGAGAUGGUUCCGUAGAGGCAGCUGAGCCCCUCUCCCAGGCAGGAUGAGGAGAUAUGCACACAGAGGGCUCCAUAUGCAGACAGAUACAAAGUGGGUGGUCCAGGUUCUCUGUCUUAGAUACCUGGCUUGUGUGUCUUGUUCACAUGUUCAGGAUCUAACUGAUUUCCAGAUUUGGGGUUGGAAAGGAAUUUCCCCACAGGUGGGGUGUGGAUCACCUGCUGGGAUUAUCUGGGCAUGUCUCACCUAAUGAGUUCAUGGCCAUUGCAGGGAUCUUGGGCACUGGUGACACCUCAGUCUCUCAUGUUCUCUGUCUGAGACGCAAAACAGUUUAUUGUCCUGAGGACUAAAAUGCUUUAAUUUAACUGACGCCAUUGGGCUCAGCAUAGGGUAUUUGCAUGAAAUGCAAUGGUCUGUGUUAUACAGGAGGUCAGACUAGAUGAUCUAAUGGUCCCUUCUGGCCUUCAACUCUUUGAAACUUAUGAAACUCUGAAAGGUCAUAACAGACUGAAGGAGUUUGAGUAGGAGCAACCUGUGUUCAGGAAAGGUCAUUUUAGCUAUUGCUUCAACAUUCAUAGAGUGCUCAUUGCUAUGGUAUAGGCCCUGGGUAGUCACUGAGGGCCCAAUCCAAAGCCCACUGAAGUCAAUGGAGGUAUCUCCAGUUACUUCAAUGGGCUUUGAAUCAGCCACAGAAUACCCCUCACUAUAAAAUCUUGGCAGUCAGAUGAACUGAGGUAAACAGUCUUGUGUAGCAAGCACCAGGUGCACUAUUGCAUUGUAUAAAUAGUAAUAGUAAUAGUAAUGUUAAGGGAGAGCAAGUUCAGCAUUGUUGGGGCUGUCCCAACCAAUGCUCUAUCACCAGAGGUACAAUGCCGGAACCUGUCUCAGGACAGCUGAGGUCAGAGCACAGAUGCUCACCCAGAAAUCAUGUCAAAUAAAGCAAAGAACAUUCAACCUCGAAUUAUAAAUGUUUAUUGCCCUGAGAAGAUGGAAAAACAGGCACUUUACACAUUCCUGCUUGUGUUUGGUUGCAAAUCAUCUCUGACUGUAUUUCAGAAAUAGCAUAUGCCUCUAGUGAUGCUAGAGCUAGUCUAGUACUUGUUUUUGAUGAACCUUAGAGUAACCACAAGAGUAAAAUUCCAUGUCAGUUUCCAAAGCAUCAGCUUAGAGCUGUCCUUGGGCAAUGGUACAUAUCGAGUACAACAAAUAGUCGUGGGUUUUGUUGUUGUUGUUUCCUGACUUGGCUUGGUUAGCUCUUUUGAGCAGAAAGUGUUUAAUUUUCAGCAGAUGUGUCUCUUUCUGUUCCUUUAUUCUUUGGAGGAUACAGAGAAAUGUGACUUAAACAUGCAGAGGUGAAGGAUGCCUUGGUGAAUAAAUAGCCAAAAUCCAAAUGUACCUUCUUGAGUACUGAUGUGUUUCUGUGCAAAGCUUCAGGAAACAACAUGUUGUUUGUUUACUCCCUGUUACAUAACCCACAGAAUAUUCAUGUCCAUGGAUUGGAUUGGUGCUCCCACGGUGAAAUCUUCAAGAGGAGACUAAUGGGGGUAGGAAUGAAAUCCUUCCCCAUAAGAUCUGUCCAAAAUAGGGAUUCCCAGGAGAUCAGGGCCGUCUGCUUGGCGUCCCAGCUUUCACUGCCAGCUUUGGCCCCCCAAACUGCCCUGCUCCCACAGCUCCAUUAGAUUAUAUGCAUCCUCCACCCCAAACAGGGCAGUUCAUGACCUGCUUGUAGCCUGCCCAAUUCUUUCCCCUUCCCCUCCCCCACAGAACCUGUUCCCACAGAGCAUCAUUUGAGGACUCUUGGGAAGAGGAACCCUCAUCCCCUUUAGCACUUGGAGAUAUAGAGUCAUAAUCUAGCCCCAGGUAUGAGUGGUGUGAGUGUCCAGGUCUUGGAAGAGGGGGCAGUUCAGCUGAAAUGCCAUCGAGUUAUGUUACUGUCAGUAUGUUUUAAGCUUAACUCACUUGCAAAGGGUAAUGAGUUCAUGGACCCUUCCAACAUUUGAUUUUGAAUGUAUCACUGGCUGCUAUUGUAAUAAGUCCUGUAGAAAUGAGGGUGUUAGUAUGUUAAUAUGAUCUAGUACCAUUCUGAUUUACCGGCUCUAAAGAAAUUGUAACUUGAACUAAUGCAUGUUUUUACCAUGUAGUAUGCAUGAUAGCAUGUUAUGUAUUAUUUUAUACUCAUACUGUAAUAGGUAAUGUAAGUUAUGUGCAUAUUGUAAGCAAUAGUAGCUCUUUCUCUUUAAUAUUGUAUGACAUUGAGUUGUAGUGCUUUGCUUCAAACCUAUAGCAGUGCCAUUAGCAGACUGUGGCAUAUAAACUAGUGAAGCCAGUCAGGAAACGUUUACUAAACUUGACAUUUUUCACUUGAAUAUCAGACAUAGUUAAACAUGUUUUUGUGAACCUACCUUGGGGCUCAGCUAUCAUUUCUGUGCCCUGCUAUAAGGAAAGCCCACAUUUGGGUAUAACCUCAGGAAUGACUUUCUUGACACAGGCUGUGUCAAAUACAUUAUGUUGUUAGGGCAGCAUUUUACAAAUGUUUGACUCCCGUACAAGUACCGUAGUUUUUGCAUGAUUUCUGUAUGUGACAGGAUGAAUGUGGUAGCUGCAGAGUUUGUUCGUGUUGAAAUUCCUGACACUAACAUUUCUGAGGCUGGGGAAAAUUUUUUCUAUGCUGACUGUUGUCAGGGCCUCCCAUCUGUUCCCUCCUCAGCACAUGCACAUUCAGUUGAUAGCACAAGAAGCAUUUUUCCAGGUAUUACCAAAUCAGAAUGCGGAAAACCAAUAUUUCUUAUAGCGAGAACUAGUAAAUGCAGAACUGUUUGUUGCUUUAUGUUCACUAAAGUCCUGGUACAUUCUCAAAGUGACCUACUAGAAUGUUCUACAAUACCAGGAAGAGUAACUUCGGUUCACCCCAUUUAGCAACACAAUCUUUUGGCUAAACAGAAGCUCCAGUGUUGGGUCUUUCCUCCAUACUUCUUGGCCUAGGCUCAUUCCUUUCAUAACUCUGCCUUUUUCAGAUCUGAACCCUCUCAGGUAAUAUGAGGUGAGGGGGGUCUCAGCACCUAACAGGACCGUGCCCUAAAUUUGCUCCACAAGUUAGAAAUGUGAUGCAGUAGAGUAUAAUCCAGUAUGUGCACAAUAUGGAAAGUGCCUGUCUUGAUCAGAUUAAUUUUCAUUUCAUUAACUCAAAAUAGGCAUUUUAUUGUGUACAUACUUGUUACUAAUAUUGCUCUGCUAAUGCGUCCGUUGUUUUUAUAUAUAUAUAAUGCACAUCUUCCCGUUCAUCUUUUUACAGGGACUAUUUUUGUUGUUCUCCUUGCAUACCAGUAGGUUCCUAUAUAUAUAUGUGUGUGUGUGUGUGUGUGUAUACAUGAUAUACAAGCGUUCUCCUGUUUUUAUGAAGUUGCUAUUACAUGUUAAUAAAAUGAAUUUAAUUAGACGUUUCAUAUAUUAUUACAUUUCUUUCUUAUUUGCUUUUUUUAGUGCUAGAUUUAAGAGUCUUUUGUACUGUUAAAAUUUAUUUGAGAUGUUUUGCGUUUUGUCGGUUUUCCUACUGUGUGCUACUUACUUUUCACUCCCAUUUGGAUUAUUUUUAUGUGCUUUCUCUGUAUUUGCAAAAUUGUGCCUGGGAUAUUUUAAAGUCUGAACAAUAAAUUGUUAGAGAAUA